AUGACAGACCCAAACAACCAACGCCCGCUCCAAGGUCAGGACUUUCACGACAUGUUCGGUGGUACUAGUACGAAUGGUGGACAGCAGCAGCAGCAGCAGCACCAACAGCAGCAGCAUCAGAUGGGCUAUGCGUCUCUGCCUCAGCAGCUUCAGCAGAUGCAAGCCAGUACCGGUACUAGUAGCGCUAGUGUAAGUGGCAACGGCCAAGCUCCGGUCGAGGAGAACCCUCAGCGCAAACGCGGCAAGAAGCGCAAUGCGUCCGCCUUGGCCACCGCAAGUGGAAGUGCCAGUGGCGCCGCAGCAGGAGACGCGGAAGACGAGAGCGCCGCCGCCAUGGUCUUUCCCGUCAAGCUGCACCGCAUGCUCACUCUCAUUGACGGAGUCACUUCUAACACCGACAGCAGCAGUAAAGAGACAGACAAUGCUACUAGCAGCGCCAGCACUAGCAACGCGAAUGCCCCCAAGCCUCCGCACGAAACUGAAGCUGAUCCCGCUGCCAUUGUCAGUUGGCAAUCCCAUGGACGGUGCUUCCUGGUUCAUGAUAAGGAUGCCUUUGUUCAGAGAUUCCUUCCUAGCUACUUUCGUCAAUCCAAAUGGGCCUCCUUCCAACGCCAACUAAACAUCUAUGGAUUCCAAAGACUCACUGCAGGUCGGGACAGAGGGGCCUACUACCACGAUCUUUUUGUACGGGGACAUCCAGAGCUUGCCACUCGCAUUCAGAGAAUGAAACUCAAGGGUAUUGGGCAGGGAAGACACAGAACGAAUGCAGAGCUAGAGCCUAACUUUUACAGGAUGACUCCCAUCGAUGCGAAUACUCCGGUACCAGCGGCCUUGGCAGUCAAGAUGGGAGCAGCCGGAGCCAUUGGACAAUACUCGGCCACAGCGGGAGCACAGAGUCUGGGACCUCAAGCAGUGGCGGCUGCAGCGGCGGCUCAUCCAACCGCAAACUCGGCGCUCAACAAUGCCGCCACCGUCAACCUGUUGCAACUGUUUCAACAGGGGGGUGGUACCACCAAUACCAACCAUGCUGCGGCCCCCGCAGCUUCUGGGGCAUCAAUGGUCGCUGCUAACAAUGCCCAGCAAGGCUUGGCGGCCCACCCGGAACUGACAAGUCUAUUCUUUCUGACCAACCCUGGAGACCUGGUCACGUUGCAAGCGAUGGGGAAUGGGAACUCCGCGGCGGGAGGCACAGUGGGCGGGGAACAACAACGAGCGGGGAACCAACAAGACCUUGGCAACAGCAACACCACGAGACAACAUCAGCAUCAGUCCGCUCAAGAUGCUCUCAUGUUGGCCAAUCUGUUCAACGGAACCGGAAGCAGUAGUGGCGGGGCGAGUUCCAAUCAUGCAGCCAUGCAGCAGCUGCAGCUCAUCCAAGACAGCAGCGGUAUCGACGACGGAAACGCUCAUGCUUGGGCUGCCCCCUCUUCGAAUUUCUUGGCAGCCGCACCGCUUCUUCAAAAUGCGGCAGAUGCCAACGGAGCAAAUCCUUUCUUGAACACGGCCACCCUCAUGCAGUAUUUUUCAGACAACAGUCCGGAUCGAGAUUCUCCUCCCGAAGCACCGGCGCCAAGCCCUUUUCCGGCCCCCGUGGCUCGAGCGCAGCAGCAGCAGGCACAGGCACCGCAGUCGGCCGCUAGUGCCUGGUCGAGUCUCGCGGCUGCCACAGGUUUGGCCAAUGCCAAUGAACAUUCUUCAACAGGACAAGCCCGACUACCGAAUUCCAAUAGCAGCAAUGACCUCGCCAAUACCUUCCAAUUCGAGGGUCCGAGUCUGAGACGCAUGUCAGCAGCCGCCAUGAGUACACUUCUAUCCGCUCACCUGGGUAACAGCGGUAGAAGUAUCCUCGCCGAAGGAAACAACGAUCAUGUCGGAAUCGCGGCAGCUGCCAGCGCCACCAACGCGACUCAUCAUCAUCGUCGGCCAUCGUCCGGUGCCAUGGGUGGUGCCGCAAACAAUCCCUUUGGCGGCGACUCGAACCAGAACCUGCUUCUCUUCUCGACGCUCCACAACUCCCGCAACCUGUCUUCCAGUAACUUGCUCUUCCAGUCGGUGGAGGGUAGCACCACGGGUCACUUGUCUGCAGCUCCCAGUGCUACAGGAAGUGUUCACACAAACUAUGCCGCCAAUGCACCGGGACCGGCUCCCACCCCAGCAAGUCAGCAGUUGGCCCUCCUCAAUGCGGCAGCGGCAGUCGGGAAUGGUUCCAAUCCGACCUCGGGCCUGUUGUAUUCCGAGCUCGGUCGCGCGGCCAAUGCUGCCGCCAAUCACGUGACCCAUCCUACCUUUCUGGACUCUGUCUACGAACCGAUACCCAUCAAGGAGAAUGCAAAUGCUACCAAUCCUGCUGCGGGAGGUCGUAUUGGGCACAAUAACAGUCCGGAGGGAAGUGACUCGGGGCAGAAGGUGUCCCCUCGAGCAUCUGGUGCCGGAACCGAUCCAACCAAAGGAUUCCAUCCGAACUUUUCCGAUUCCAAUCGUCGCUCCUGA